AGUGAAGGGGCCUCUGCAGGGCGGCUCUCGCGCCGCGACGGCGGUGGCGGGGGAGGGGAGGGCGCGACAAGCUCCGCCCCUCUCGAGGCGGGGCGGGGCCUCCGCGUUCGCUACAAAAGCCGCGCUUCGGCUGCGGCCGGGACGGCCCGUUUUCCGCCAGCUCACGGCUCGCUAUGGCGUCGCUCACCGUGAAGGCCUACCUUCUGGGCAAAGAGGACGCGGCGCGCGAGAUCCGCCGCUUCAGCUUCUGCUUCAGCCCCGAGCCUGAGGCGGAAGCCGAGGCUGCGGCAGGUCCCGGGCCCUGCGAGCGGCUGCUGAGCCGGGUGGCCGCCCUGUUCCCCGCGCUGCGGCCCGGAGGCUUCCAGGCGCACUACCGCGAUGAGGACGGGGACUUGGUUGCCUUUUCCAGUGACGAGGAAUUGACAAUGGCCAUGUCCUAUGUGAAGGAUGACAUCUUCCGAAUCUACAUUAAAGAGAAAAAAGAGUGCCGGCGGGACCACCGGCCACCGUGUGCUCAGGAGGCGCCUCGCAACAUGGUGCACCCCAAUGUGAUCUGUGAUGGCUGCAAUGGGCCCGUGGUAGGAACCCGCUACAAGUGCAGCGUCUGCCCAGACUAUGACUUGUGUAGCGUCUGUGAGGGAAAAGGCUUGCACCGGGGGCACACCAAGCUCGCGUUCCCCAGCCCCUUCGGGCACCUGUCUGAGGGCUUCUCGCACAGCCGCUGGCUCCGGAAGAUGAAACACGGGCACUUCGGGUGGCCAGGAUGGGAAAUGGGCCCACCAGGAAACUGGAGCCCACGUCCUCCUCGUGCAGGGGAUGCCCGCCCUGGUCCCACAGCGGAAUCAGCUUCUGCUCCAUCGGAGGAUCCCAGCGUGAAUUUCCUGAAGAACGUGGGGGAGAGUGUGGCAGCUGCCCUUAGCCCUCUGGGCAUUGAAGUUGAUAUUGAUGUGGAGCACGGAGGGAAAAGAAGCCGCCUGACCCCUGUCUCUCCAGAGAGUUCCAGCACAGAGAAGAGCAGCUCACAGCCAAGCAGCUGCUGCUCUGAACCCAGCAAGCCGGGUGGGAACGUUGAGGCCGCCACGCAGUCUCUGGCGGAGCAGAUGAGAAAGAUCGCCUUGGAGUCCGAGGGGCGCCCUGAGGAACAGAUGGAGUCGGAUAACUGUUCAGGAGGAGAUGAAGACUGGACCCAUUUGUCUUCAAAAGAAGUGGACCCGUCUACAGGUGAACUCCAGUCCCUACAGAUGCCAGAAUCCGAAGGGCCAAGCUCUCUGGACCCCUCCCAGGAGGGACCCACAGGGCUGAAGGAAGCUGCCUUGUACCCGCAUCUCCCGCCAGAGGCUGACCCGCGGCUGAUUGAGUCCCUCUCUCAGAUGCUGUCCAUGGGCUUCUCUGAUGAAGGCGGCUGGCUCACCAGGCUCUUGCAGACCAAGAAUUAUGACAUCGGGGCGGCUCUGGACACCAUCCAGUAUUCAAAGCAUCCCCCGCCAUUGUGACCGCUUUUGCCCACCUCUUCUGUCUCAUAGUUGUGUUAAGCUAGUGUAGAAUUGCAGGUCUCUGUACAGGCCAGUUUCUCUGCCUUCUUCCAGGAUCAGGGGUUAGGGUGCAAGAAGCGAUUUAGGGCAGCAAAACAAGUGACAUGAAGGGAGCAUCCCCGUGUGUGUGUGCUGAUGUUUCCUGGGUGCUCUGGCUCCUUGCAGCAGGGCUGGGCCUGCGAGACCCAAGGCUCGCUGCAGCAUGCUCCUGACCACUCCCUGCAGGGGCUACAAUAGCAGCCCAGCACAUAGCUUGCCUAAUGGCCUUCCACUUUCUCUCUCUUUUUUUUAAAUGACUCAUAGGUCCCUGACAUUUAGUUGAUGAUUUUCUGCUAGAGACCUGGGACGCUCUGAUUUUAGACAAAGUAAGCCUAGGUGUUGUCAGCAGGUAAGCAGGGAGGGGGCUGGCCUGGCACAGGCAGUGGGGAGGCUGGUGUUGUGGGCUUCCUGCUGGGACUGAGAAGGCUCACGAAGGGCAUCCGUAAUGUUGGUUUCACUGAGAGCUGCCUCCUGGUCUCUUCACCACUGUAGUUCUCUCAUUUCCACACCAUCAGCUGCUUUUAAAAUAAGAUCUCUUUGUAGCCAUCCUAUUAAAUUUAUAAACAAUCUAAUUAAAUGGCAUCAGCACUUUAACCAA